CGAUCAACGUUCAGUGUAUUUUUAGACGCGCAACGAGCACAACGGACUCGUCGCGAAAACGUAACGAGCGCAAAGCUUAGAAAUAUUGCAAUAAAUAUUAUUAAUAAUAAAAAUAAUAACAAUACAAUAAUAUUAUCAAAAAGGCAGCGCUGAUGUGAAAAAAUAUUUGCGAGCCUGCGAAGUAAAAAAAACACGAGUUUGUCGUAAACUUUUAUUAACGAUUUUAUAAAGAUACCGUUUUCUGCUACCAAAAUAGCUCAUAAAUCAUAAUCGAAAGUAAUACCGAGUAAACAAAAACUUUCCGCAAAGUCCAACGAAUGUGAUAACUAAUUUUUGUAGCUACGAUAAGCGUAAACGCUCAGGUGAAAACUUGAAAAUUUACAACUCAAAGAAAUGAAUAAAUUUGUAGUGAGCGCGUAGGUUGGGCGCGAUUAAGUGAACAGAAGGCAUAGUGAGCGCGACACAAUCGCUAGUGCAAAACGCUGCGUCAAGGAUAACAACGAAGCGCCGUGCUUAACAUUAACGAAGACAGUAAAGACAUUUAAUUAAAGUGAACUAGUUUUCGUAGCGCGCUACGAUGUUUUCACUAACCAAAUUAUGCGCGCUCUGCGCUGUGCUAAGCAUUUUCGCGGCAUUACCGCGCGCCGCGCAAUGUGAUUCCUCCUACUACGAGAAAUAUUACACCGCGCGUCGUUUCAUACCGCUCAAGCGCAACUCGCUGAUACCGUAUAACUUUAGUGUUUCGCUUGACGAACAACCGAUUGCCAGCUAUGAGCUUGUCGCUAUGGUCGGCGAUGUCAAACAACUGGGCGCUUGGCGCGCCGAUAAGGCGAUCUUGCUGAAUCGCACGGAGGAUCAUCGCGUAUGGACGGCCAGCGUAGCACUGCCGGUGAAUACAACCGUCAAUUAUCGCUACUUCAUUGCCACCAUAGACAAUGCGACGCGCGUACUGCAGGUGCGUCGCUGGGAAUCGCAUAUCCACGCGCGCAGCUUUCAAGUGGGCACAGUGUCAGGCAAUCGCAGCGAUAUUUGCGGUUGGAUUGAUCCACAACAACGUGAACUGCAACGCGGUUGGCUGAAUGCGGGCAACAUUGUACAAUUCAAGCUGUUUCGCAAUCCCUUGCAGGUGAACGAGUCCAGUGUGGGUAAUGAGGAGUUGCGUUUCAAGCUGCAGCCGGUUGAACCGUGUCGGUUGUCCGCCAUAUUACCUUCAGCGAAGGCGCACACGGAGUAUGUGCGUAUGGUGUACGGUGACAGUUACUUGCGCACACAACCAGAGUUUGGUGUGCCCUACAAGCCCAAUGAUAUACUGAUAUUUCAAUCGACAGUAGCGCAGCUGGAUGAGGUGGCCUAUCUGUUGAAGCUGUAUGCCACACAGAGUGACAAUGAGCUCGUGCGUUUGAUCGGCUAUGCGUAUAUAUAUCCACAGCAGUUGCAAGGCACAGAAGGUCGUUUUAGCAUCAAUCUUUUAUCGCCGGUGUGGCUGAAUGCUAUCGGCAGUUUGGAGAUACAGUACUUGGUGAUCAAACCCUUGCCGAACUCUACUGUAGACUUCCACACCACGUUUGUGGAUUAUUGGCGCAGCAAUUGGACGGCAUUGGAUGUGGGACAUCGUGGUUUGGGUAAAAGUUUGAAGCAGGCCACUAAUGCACCAGCCAUAAUUGAGAAUACUGUGGCGUCUAUGAAAGCCUCCGCGGAGUUGGGCGCCGAUUUGGUCGAAUUCGAUGUGAUGUUAACCAGUGAUUUGGUGGCAGUGAUCUACCACGACUACUACAUCUAUGUCUGCAUGGAUCCUAAGACGCCCACCAGCAAAGCUGAUCUCACACAAGUACUAAUCAAGGAUAUCACCUAUGAACAAUUGAAGAAUUUGAAAACCUAUCAGGUGGUGGGCAAUAAGAUUAUCGAGUAUCCGGCUCACAAUAAUGUAGAGCAAGAGGAUCAACGACUCUUCCCGCUGUUCGAAGAUUUCCUCACCAAAGUGAACAAGUCGGUGGGUUUCGACAUUGAAAUCAAGUGGCCGCAACUGAGAUUGGAUGGCGCGCUCGAGAGCGUACAAACCAUCGAUAAGAAUACCUAUGUGGAUCGCAUAUUGGAUGUAAUGUUGAGUCACGGCUGUGGUCGCUUGAGCUUCUUCACCAGCUUCGAUGCCGACAUUUGUACGCUGCUGCGUUACAAACAGAACAUAUAUCCGGUCAUGUUUCUCUCAUCAACCACACUUGGCGGUUAUGCGGAUCCACGCGCGGAUUCACUUUACGACACCAUUAAUAAUGCGCAAGCUUUCGACUUGGCUGGAAUUGUGCCGAAUGCGGUGCAUAUAAAGAACAACCCCAAAUGGAUUGAGUUAGCUGCGAAGCAGGGUAAAAAGGUCUUCCUUUGGGGUGAUGUGCUCAAGAAUGCCGAUUCGAUUGAGUGGUUCAAGGCGCAAGGUCCGACUGGUGUAAUUUACGAUCGUUUGGACUUGUGGUUGCCUGCGAAUAAGCAAAACGCUUUCGAGUUGGAAGAUGAUUUGCCCGAUUUCUUCCGAUUGCAGUGUUCGCCGAACCAACCCAAACCUGUGAACUCAACAAUCGAGAGUAUACUUAGUAAUGUAAAUUUGUUGUAGAUGUUGUCUAGUGUUAGUUUGUUUGUAAGCUUUUUGUUGUACAACAAGUAAAACUUGUGUUGAAUGUUCCUUUACUUCUUGUGUGAAAA